AUGAAGAGGAUCAGCGCCCACAAACUUCAGCCAUGUGUCUUUGAACUCUGCAAGUUCUACUCCCAGUGUCUGUGCUUCAGGACCCAAGGGCGUGACAGGUACUGCUCGGACAGUCAGGUGUGGUACCAGAGACACACUGUGGAGCUGUGUAGACGAAUCUCAAACAAAGAUGUCUGUCAAAGAUGUGCGAGCAGCUGUGACCAUGAGUUCCUGUCCUCCUCCACCUCCCCCUUCUCCCCCACCUCCUCCACCUCCCCCUUCUCCCCCACCUCCCCCUUCUCCCCCACCUCCUCCACCUCCCCCUUCUCCCCCACCUCCUCCACCUCCCCCACCUCUCCCGCCUCAGUGCUCAGGCCCCACCCCCUGGAGGGGCAGGAGGGGGAGAGGGGGGAGAGAGGGGAGAUGGCCUGUCCAGACCACACUGACCAGAGUGAGCACAGUGACCACAGUGAGCCCGCUGCAGACUCCAGCACAGAGCGGGACAGAAACAGACUGAACAAGCUGGUCAGGAGGGCCAGCUCCACUCUGGGCUGCUCCCUGGACUCUGUGGAGGAGGUGAGGGACAGGAGGCCCCUGGACUCUGUGGAGGAGGUGAGGGACAGGAGGCCCCUGGACUCUGUGGAGGAGGUGAGGGACAGGAGGCCCCUGGACUCUGUGGAGGAGGUGAGGGACAGGAGGCCCCUGGACUCUGUGGAGGAGGUGAGGGACAGGAGGCCCCUGGACUCUGUGGAGGAGGUGAGGGACAGGAGGCCCCUGGACUCUGUGGAGGAGGUGAGGGACAGGAGGCCCCUGGACUCUGUGGAGGAGGUGAGGGAUAGGAGGCCCCUGGACUCUGUGGAGGAGGUGAGGGACAGGAGGCCCCUGGACUCUGUGGAGCAGGUGAGGGACAGGAGGCCCCUGGACUCUGUGGAGGAGGUGAGGGACAGGAGGCCCCUGGACUCUGUGGAGGAGGUGAGGGACAGGAGGCCCCUGGACUCUGUGGAGGAGGUGAGGGACAGGAGGCCCCUGGACUCUGUGGAGGAGGUGAGGGGCAGGAGGCCCCUGGACUCUGUGGAGGAGGUGAGGGGCAGGAGGCCCCUGGACUCUGUGGAGGAGGUGAGGGACAGGAGGCCCCUGGACUCUGUGGAGGAGGUGAGGGACAGGAGGCCCCUGGACUCUGUGGAGGAGGUGAGGGGCAGGAGGCCCCUGGACUCUGUGGAGGAGGUGAGGGGCAGGAGGCCCCUGGACUCUGUGGAGGAGAGUUUCUCGUCAGUUCUUCUCUUCAGCCUCAAACUGCGCUGCUCCACCGCCCUCUGCCUCCACCACCUGCAGGACUACGGCUGCCACUGCCGCUUCACAGGGGGGGCCGCAGGGGGGCCGAGCCGGGGGCCCUUGGACCCGCUGGACGCGUGCUGUGAGAGCCACAGACUGUGUUACCAGAGUGCUGCCCCCUGCAGACCGGAGGUGGCGCUGCUCCCACAGAAUCUGACCUGUUCCUCUGUGAACAUCAGCCUCAGCUGCGGUGAGUCCUGCACCUGA